AUGGAACCUCAAGAUGUAUCCAUGGUCGAUGAAGACGAACAACGCGACCAAAUCGAAGCACAAUUACCUCUAUCCGAAGAUGAGCAGCGAGUAUUGGAUCUAUACGACCAGCUCCAACAGAUGAGACUAGAAAUUGCAAUUAUAAACGCUCAAUCAACAUAUCAACCAACAACACCUCGCAAUGACGAUGCCUCCAUAUCCGAGGAAACUCAACGCGAUCUCCUCGAAGCACGAGCAAACUUCCGGCUACGCAACGACGUAGUCGAAUCCGUCAUGACCGCCAACCCCAUCCUCAAGGCCGUUCACAACGGCACAAACGCAUCCCCUGCAGAACGCGACCUCCUCCCGCUGAUAGAGCAGCGCGACCAAUCCGCCAUAGACGUCGCCAAGCACGCCACCGAUGCUGCCUUCAUCCGAAGCGACCUGACGGAAGUGCAGAGCGAUACUGCCCGCGUCAUUCGGAAGAACGUAGCUCUUACGGCGACCUUGUUCGAGCUGGCGGAGGAGGUGAAGCAGAAGCAGGCGAGUCGGCUGGAUGACGAGGAGACGCAGGAGGAGAUUAGGAGGCUGGAGGGGGUUAUGAAGGCGAGCAGGCAGCGGUGGAGGGUGAUUAAGGGUGUGGCGAGUGGUGUUGUUGCUGGGAGUGGCGUGGAUUGGGCGAGGGAUGCGAAGCUGCGUGAGGUUGUGUUGGAUCUUGAUGGUGAUGAAUAG